AUGAGCCCAAUCAUUCGCCCCACCGCACAGGGUUGUCCGAACCUGCCUCCCGAAAUUCACCUGAUGAUUUCGCGUUUCCUAAAGGACGACGGUCGGCUGGACACACUUGCCGUAUUGUCUAGGUCUUCGAAUAGGCUGAGGUCAAUAUACGAGCCAGAAUUAUACCGCACCGCAAAGCAUGAAAACUACCCGCAUUGCUACCCAAACGAGGCUCUCAUGUGGGGUAUCACCAACGAAUCGGUGCCUGUGAUGGCUCAAGCUAAAGCUUAUGGAGCAGACAUCAAUGCUCGAGUCAAGGGUUUUCACGGCAAAGACAUCUACCAUCAUAUGUGGUUGAAUUAUGGCUUGGGAACGAUGCUCCAGCAUGCGGUCCAGAAGGGCCGCGGCCCCUCCGUGGUGUGGCUGAUUCAAGAGGGCGCAGUGAUCAACACGCCCGACCAAGCUGCCGUCAACAUGUGUGAAUGUGACACUACCAGCGAAGAGUUGGAGCACAAAUGCUCGACAUUACACCUGGCCUUAUGCAAAGGUCAUUCCCUCAUCGCACAGUUUAUCAUAGACCAGUUCGGGCGAGCGGCUUUGGAAGAGUCGAAGAAUGUUGACAGGCCCCUAAUCCUUCAAACCGCGAUAAAAACGGCCUUUUUCAGGAAGGACAUCGAGUUCCUGUCCGCCAUGCUGGAGUACCCAAGCGUUUGCAACCUGGUCAAUAUGGUUAACCCCCACGACGGUCAAAUAGUUCUUGAAGCGACCCUGAGUGACAGUAAUCUGGGUCUCGACUUCAUACUUCGGGACUUCCUGAACAGGAUCAUUGAGGUGCUUGUUCACGAAGGAGGGGCCAGCCUCGGCCCAUACCCCGCUGAGUCCAGGAGUGCAGGGCAGUCACCCCUCGUUACUGUACUCAAAUGGGGAAACUAUGAAACGGCCCAACAGCUUUUGCGUCUAGGCUGCGACACUCAGGGGCUGCCUCCCACACAAGAGACUCAGAAUUGGUCGUCCCCGCUGCACUGUCUUAUACCCCCCGCAUCUGAUUACAGAGCAGAAGACCCGGAGUGGAUGGAUACCCUAGAGAAUCGCCAUUAUGAGUACCCCACAAGAAGUAUACAGGAAAUCAUCGAGACCCUCGUCCGCUCUGGAGCAUCGCUGAUGAUCAAAGCCACCCUGUUCAACUCCACGCCCCUAGAGAACGCCAUAUCACACGGCGCCCAUUUCUCUCCCUCUCGCGCCGAGUUGCCGCCUACAAGCUGUUGA